UUUUCAGCUCGCAAACUGGGCGUGAAGGAGGAUUAUGAGCGACGAUGAAGAGCUCCAACUAGCCAUCGAAAUUUCAAAAAAAACGUUCAAAGACGAGCAGAAGCUGAGGUCGAACGACUUGGACUUGAUCCGAUUUGAGAGUCCUGAUGAGCCAGCGCGCCAGCGGAAAAUCAACCAGAUAAAGCAGUUGUACGAGGCGAAUAGUCCGGGACCUUCGUCCUAUUCGGGCUCACUUGCCACAAGCCCCAUUGAUUUCCGUCCAGUCUACAACGAGCCUCGUGCUGGACCGAUUCCACACUCGCAAUCAUAUCCGAGAAACUAUUUCCAAGACUGGUCUGCAAUAGCUUCCACGUCCCAGCCGCCGGCGUUUCCACCUCCACCGAGGCCUCCAAAACCAGAGCAGUAUAAGUUUCCACCGGCUCCAUCAGUUCCAUUGCUCCAUGAUCGCUACUUUGUCCCACCACCACCACCAGUGCCGCCAAGACAUUCGAGAGUCCAACAGUCACCUCCAGUGCCGAUACAUCCCACACCUCCAGUCUCUUCCACACCGCUCAGACAUUCAGCUCCAUCGUUCGCGUCGGACAGUCAGCAGUUUCUGUCCCCCAUUAAGCCAUUCGAAAUAAGUUUCAACUCGACAGUCGACACAUCGUCUAAUCAAACUGGCAGUCAUGAUCAUAGCAUUCAGUAUCAGCCGUUAACUCAUCUCUACGUGCCAUACGUAAUGCAUUCCCUCAACUCAUCGUACGGAGCUCUUCUCAAUGGUGACUUGAUUGAUUUGAGCGCUUUUGAGGAUAGCUCAAAUGCUUCACAAGACGAGAUCCGAAAAGAAUUCGACCCACUGUUCAUAUCCACUUAUUCCACCGACACACCCUCUCCAGACAACUCUAUGCCAGCUGUGAAUGCGUACUUUUCAAAGCCUAUUGAUGAACCAGAAUGUGUCGGUGGCGCCAAGCUGAUACAAGAGAACAUUGAAUUCCCGUCAUCCUCGUUUUGCCUCAUUGACUGUCCAAACGGAAUUGAGGAACAAGUGAAGAAGUUAUGCAAGAGGAACUUGAUUAGAAAGGAUAUGACUCCAGAUUUCUUUAUUGCACCCACCGUCGACUAUAUGGUCACUACAGCAAGUACAGUGAAAGUUGUAGUCUACAAAGAUCACAGCUGGAAAGCCAACAAAAGCAAUGGUAAAGCGAUGAUUUGCGCAAUUGACGAAAAGAUGGACAUUAUAACCACACAAGCGCUUUCCCUAUUUGACUCGGAGUUACCAACAGACAAAGAAUACGGGUUGAAGAUCUACGGUUUGAAUCAGUUCUUGUCAAGUGAUAGCCUGCUAGGAUCCAAUUUGUAUACUGGACAUUGCCUGCUGAAUGGCGACGAUGUAAAGCUAGAUUUAGGAGUUUUCGCGCCAAAUUCUCGAAUUUACGAGCAAACACUAGAAUCUUGGAAUUUAAUGAAAAGCCAAGUCAAAUAUUCAACAGUAGUGGACAAGGAAGAUGUGGAGAACACACUUGGGCACCUUGCAUCAGAAAUGAGUCAAUACGAGAUUGCCUUUAAUGAUGGAUCAACGUUGAAAUUGUCCUCUUCAUCUCAACGAGUAAAACAAGUGAUCAUGCUUCUCUGCAAGUGUCUUCAUGGAAUCGUCCCUGAGAAGCUUUACAACGAGAUGCAGAAAUACCUGGCAUCAACGACAGAGGAUCAACUCGUUCAUCAUCGGAAUGAUUUUUUGCGUGAGAUUCACUCAUUUUUGGAGCUCUACUGUCGGUGCACAGUGAGUCGAUACAAUAUUCCGCCGCUGCAAAUAAUUACGAAGCCAAAAGUGGAAGUGUUGUCGAAAAUGGACUUUUUGCAAAUUAUGCUCAACUCGGUGCAUUCUAUUCCGGAACAUUGGCAAAGUCAGUAUUCCGAGUUUUAUAUGUCAUUGGAUUUGUAUCAUGGAACGCAGGUGUUGGACGGGUUCAGUAACAAAGUGCCAAAAACGAUCAAAAAUGAUCAUUUUUUCCCGAGGAUUCCAUUGGACCUUUAUGCUAAAUUCAAACGACUCAACUUGUGCCAGUACCCUCGUGAAACUCGAAUCGUUGUUUCAAUUAGUGGAACCGUGAGAAAUAGUGCUCAAGCUGCGAACGAAUAUAAUCCUGAUAUUGUCAUGUUGGGAUAUUGCUCAGUGCCACUUUAUGAUGAGAAUUUAUUUAUGCGCCAAGGGCCUCUCUUCCUGCCACUGACACUUUUAAAGAAACAACCCAUGCUCAAGCCAUUUGGACCGUACCCGUAUAUCAAGGACGCUCGAGAUCCAAUUUUGAUCAUGAGUUUCAAAAUUUGGGACACUGAAAUCUACUUUCCAAAUGUCGUAAUUGAUAUGCAAUGUAUUCCACAAGACUUUGCAACGCUGGAUAUUGAGACUCAGGAGUACUUGUUGGAGUUGAUUGAAAAUCAGGAUACAUCGACGCUAGAGACGGAUGAUCAGGAUUUGAUUUGGCAGAAAAGAUUACAUCUGACAAAUCAGCCUGAAGCUCUUCCACUUGUGCUCUCUUCGCUUCAAGACUGGAGUUUUGGAUUUGUGAUGAGAGUUUAUCAGAUUUUGGAGGAAUGGGCGCCGCUUCGACCGGAGAUUGCAAUGGAGUUUUUGCUGCCAAAGUAUCCCGAUGAGCGAAUUCGAGCUCACGCAGUCCAGUCACUGGCUCGAGGUUCCACUGAUUUUCUCUACCACACCAUCCCACAAUUCAUUGAAGCACUCCGAUUCGAGCUCUACGAAAAGUCGGCGCUGGCCGAUUUCAUUCUAGAGCUCUCAUUUGUCAGCCUAGACUUCACAUUUGAAAUCUAUUGGCAACUCCAGCAACGCGUCGAUCAUUGUGCAGUUGACGAUCUUCCGUACGCGAUUCGAUGCCAGAAUCUGCAGCAGAAGAUGAUUGACGAGCAUGAGAAUCCGAACUUGAAGACUGACAUCAAGCUGCAACACGAACUAUUGAAUGAGCUGGACUCGAUUCAAGAUGAUUUGAGAUCAAAGUCUGGGGAUUCUGAAAUAGAGAGACUUCACCGGUUGAGAACUCGACUUGGAAUUCUUGACUCCAAAUUACUACAGAACAAAGUACGGCUUCCAAUUUGUCCGGCAUUUGAUUGUACUGGUGUGAGGAUUGAGGAAUGCAGUGUUUUCAAUUCGAAUGCCAAACCUUUGAAAAUUGUCUUCAGAGGGCUCAACAUGAAUUACUCCAUUAUCCAUAAGCGUGACGAUGACAUGCGACAAGACGCGUUCGUGAUGAAAAUGCUCAAUGAGAUGGACAGAAUUUGGAAGUCAAAUGGCCUCGAUCUCCGUAUGAUCACCUUCCGCAUCAUGCCAGUCGGCUACCGUAGAGGAAUGGGAGAACUUGUGCUCAAUUGUGCAACACUUAUGGAAAUUCAAAAAGAGGAGGGUCUGCGUGGCGUGCUCAACGAUGAGAUUCUACGCAAGUGGCUCAUGAAGCACAAUAGUGACGAGUUUGCCUACAAGGAGGCUCAGGAGAACUUUAUCAGGUCGUGUGCUGGAUGGUGCAUUGUGACGUAUGUUCUUGGUAUUGGAGAUCGGCAUAACGACAAUAUAUUGUUCACGAAGAAUGGACAUGUUUUCCAUAUCGACUUUGGAAAAUAUAUGGGUGAUUGGCAGAUGGCAGCAGGAUUCAGAAGAGAUCGGGUUCCUUUUGUGUUCACCACCGAAAUGUUCCAUGUUAUAAACAACGGAAGAGCUCCAACUCAAUACAACCAGAAGUUUAUCGAUUACUGUUGUAAAGCGUUCAAUCACUUGAGACGCAACAAGAACACACUGACGAAUCUAUUGAGAAUUAUGGCUUGCUCUGACAUUCCUGGCAUCAACAUGGACUCCCUGGCUUUUGUUGAGAAUAAUCUGAUGUUGGACCUCUCGGACACGGACGCCACGGUUCAGUUCACGGCGAUGAUCCAAAACUCGCUGGGCAGCGCAUUUGUUCGUCUCAACUUUGUGGCACAUACCGUUGCGCAGUUCAUCUCGUCGCGACCAAGCUUUUCGAAACAAGACCCGAACAAGCUUAGUUUUGUUCCCGAGCUUUACACUGAAAAUAGCGACGGACGAAUUUCACGUGUGACUGUGUUGAAAUUCGAGAAGCACUGCAUACCCAACAAAAUUUAUAUGUACAAAGUCGAGGUGCAUCGUAAGAAUGUGGCGGUAUCAUCAUUCAUCUAUCGGUCGUUUGCCGAGUUUGAGGAGCUGCAUACAAAGUUGAGAGCAAGAUUCCCUAUGAUGGCAGUGUCGUUGAACACAAUUUCCAAUUUGCGUUCCAAUGUCAGAGCUGUUGCCCAGAAGCGGAUUAUCCACGUGCAGAAGUUUUUGAUCUACCUGUUUAAUCAAGUGGAUGAGAUUUGCCACUGCGACCUGGUCUACACUUUCUUCCAUUCGAUUCUUCGCGACAAUAAGUGCGAUACCUACAUUGACGAGUCGCUCGACAUGCCAUCUCAAUGUCAAAUCUAUUUGAAAAUUGAGUAUAAUAGUGUAAAAGAGACGUUGAGUGUAUUUAUAGGGCAUGCCAAAUAUUUGGCUCUUCUUCAAAAUAACCAGCAACCGGAUCCAUAUGUGAAGACUUAUGUCAGACCGGAUUUGCGUAAUCAAUCGAAACAAAAGACUCAGGUGGUCCGCGGAACUCGUCACCCAACGUUUAAUCAAGAUCUCAACUACACGGAGUUCCCAAUCGAAAUUCUCUCAACUCGGGUUCUCGAAGUGAGCAUCUGGAACAAUGGUGGAUACCUGGUAAAGCACAAAAUGUACAUGUUAUGCAUCCCAUUGCUGAAAGUCAAAAAGCUUGCUGAGAGCCGCAAAAAUUGUCGCACUCUCGAAGGAUGGUUCAACUGUGAAAAAUGUGUCUAAAUGUGUAUUAAAAUGCUGGUAUAUUUUUUUGUUUUGUUUUUCAAAAUUUAUUUCGGAUAUGUAUAUAUGUUUAUUAUUUGGACUUUUUACUUAUCCAAUUUUUUACUGAGUUUUCCACAACACCGUCAUUUUCCAUUUCCUUUCAUCUGUGAUAUAGUAUUUUACUCCAAAUCCAAACAGUACGAAUACUUGUUAGUUUUCAACUUUCAGUUUAUCACAAAGUCUAGUCAAUUCGAUGAGGUAGCUAAUUAUUUGUGAUUUACUUGUGAGAAAAUAAAACGUUAUCUUUUUUUUUUAAUUCUGAAUGCAUUGAAAAAUUUCAAAAAGAAAGAACAUGACUAAAAAUCUAAAACUGUGUAAAACAUUUACAGAAAAACAAACUCUCUAUAAUUUUUAAUUUCAUGAUUAUUUUGUUAUUUUUUAAUAAAACUU